CGUCUCUCUUCUUCAUCCCAGCCCGACAACGCACAACGGCAUCGCCGCCGAAGCCGCCAAUUCCCCCCCUUCCCCCUCCUGGGUGCUCGCCGCCGCUUCCCCUCGCCCCUCUUUGCUCUGCAGCUUGUUCCUCUCCCGCCGCCUUUCUCUUCCCCUUGUUUGCGCGCGCGUGUCGUCAACCGUCGUUGUCUCCACACGUCGCAGCCUGAUUCAUCGGAAGCCACUGCGUUCAGAGACUGCUCAUCACGGUCUCGCAGUCAGCCCAAGAGAAAGAGUUUCGGGGCUCUCGUUUGGCGCCGCAUCAUCAUCUCGCCUCACCCGCGAGAGGCACUCACUCGACGCUCCAGCCCUCGCGCCGAGUGUCACGUCGACAACCGCUCGAUACUCAGGGCCGUCCUGUUUGUCCCGUGCGCUCUUCCUCGCUGCACUGCCGCCUCGACGCGUGCCUGUCCGACCGUCGCGCGUGCGGAUAGACCGAGACCCGGAGAACACGCGUCCACGACAUUACAAGAGCAUUGCCAUCAUCUCCCCUAUUCCUUCGAGCCACCCAGGCCAACUGCAACGCAAACCCACCUACCGAGAUUCUGUGACUUUGACUAGCCAUGGCAUCUCCGCUGCAGUUCGCUUACCGGACCCAGAAGACCAUUGGCGUCUUCGACGCCGCUCCGGUCUACACACCCCUCGCUGGGUUCACCAAGCCCGAGGGAAACCUGCGGUGCAGCGCGUACUCGCCCUGCGGCCGCUUCUUCGGUUGGGCCUCGCCCGAGUCGGUGACCGUUGUCGACACCUCCACCGGCCAUCAGGUCUUGAAUCUCCCCAUUGUCAACGUCUAUGAACUCGGCUUCUCCCCUCUGGGCACAUUUGUCAUCACCUGGGAGCGGCCCGCCAAGGACGAAGCUGGCGAUGCCACCAAGAAUCUGAAGGUCUGGCGCACGGUGGAGGAGGGCGUUGCGGCUUCUGACAAGCAGCCAAUCGGCCGCUUCGUUCAGAAGCAGCAGGGGGGCUGGAACCUCCAGUACACCGCCGACGAAAGGUACUGCGCCCGCCUCGUCACCAACGAGGUGCAGUUCUACGAGAGCCACGACCUCGUCACCGUCUGGAACAAGCUCCGCGUCGAGGGAGCCGCAAACUUUGCCCUCGCGCCCGGGACCCAGAACCAUGCUGUGGCCGUCUUUGUGCCUGAGCGCAAGGGCCAACCGGCUGUUGUGAAGGUUUAUAAUGUCCCCUUGUUCCAGAAUCCCAUUUCCCAGAAGACGUUCUUCAAGGGGGACAAGGUUCAGCUUAAAUGGAACAAGCGUGGCUCCGGCAUCUUGGUGCUGGCCCAGACCGACGUCGACAGGUCUGGCAAAAGCUAUUACGGAGAAACGACUCUCUAUCUGCUCAGCACCAACGGCGCCUUCGACGCUCGCGUGACGCUCGAUAAGGAAGGGCCUAUCCACGACGUCUCCUGGUCACCCAACUCUCGCGAGUUUGGCGUCGUGUACGGUUACAUGCCGGCCAAGGCGACCAUCUUCAACGACCGUGCCGUCGCCAAGCAUUCGUUCCCGCUCAGCCCGCGCAACACCAUCACCUUCUCGCCCAGCAGCCGCUUUGUUCUUGUCGCCGGCUUCGGUAACUUGGCUGGGCAAAUUGACGUGUACGACUUGGAAAAGGACUACCGCAAAGUCUGUACGAUUGAGAGUGGCAAUCCCAGCGUGUGUGAGUGGAGCCCUGACAGCCGUUAUAUCAUGACCGCGACCACCUCGCCCCGCCUUCGCGUGGACAAUGGUGUGAAGCUGUGGCAUGUCGGUGGUACCAUCAUGUACAACGAGGAUAUGGUCGAGUUGUACAAUGUCGUCUGGCGACCCGCCGCCCCUGAGAACGUGGCCGGUGGGGACCCGCUCACGCCUGUGCCCACUCCCCACGAGUCGGCCACGGCAUACCUCGGAACGGUCAAGACCCCCAGCAAGCCCGCUGGCGCUUACCGGCCCCCUGGUGCUCGUGGUCUCGCCACGCCUCUGCACUUCAAGCGAGAGGAUGAGGGCGGCGCUGCCCACGUCGUGAGCAACGGGACGCAAAAUGUCGGUCCCAACGGCUUUGGCCGGCCUCGCCGAACAGUGCCGGGCGCGGAGCCGGUUGAGGGGUCCGCGCAGGGGAGAAGCGUUCCUGGAGCUGAGCCUGUCGAUAAUGAUGGCGCGUCCAAGCGAAACAAGAAGAAGCGAGGCAAGAAGGGCAAUCAGGAGGGCAAGCCUGAGGCGGAACCCAACGGCGGUGCUAGCCUCGCCCCUCCUCCUCACGAGCGCGGUCCCGGGUCCGGGGCCGAGGGCCGUAGCCCGGAGCGGCGCGGCGCGGCUAAUGGCAACGGGCGCGACCUCCGUAGUCGGUCCAGAAACAACGGCAACCGCAGCCGCAGCAACACACAGCAAGGUCCUCGUGGAAAUUCUGGGUUUCAGGCCCAAGGCAACGCGACCCCGCCGCCUGCAGCUCAGGGCGCCAACGCCGCAGGUGCCGACGCCUCGCAAAACCCCAACGCCAAAAAGGUUCGGAGCCUCCAGAAGAAGAUUCGCGCCAUUGAGGACCUUGAGAUGCGCCUCGCGGGCGGCGAGAAGCUGGAGGAUACGCAGCUAAAGAAGAUUCAGACCAAGUCGACGGUGCUGAAGGAGCUGGAGGUGUUGGAGAGGGAGUGAAGGGACGUGAGGGAGGGAGUGAAGAAGCCCUUACCGUCAAUAUGUGUUUGCAAGCAACAUGGCGGUCAUUAGGACUUGGGAGGCCCGGGGCAGCAUGCGGUCUCUAUAUCUUGCUGCAUAUCACAUGAGCAGAGGUCAGGUCGCCAUCGCCCCUGGCCAUCAUUAUCACUACUACGACACACCAACAUCAUGACGGUGCACGCUCCUGUGGCUUCUUGGACAUCAAAUUGAAUCCGAGUGCCGGGACGGAGCGUGGGGGCACAUCGUGUAACGAAAAGGACUAAAACCGGCAGCGUCGAGAUUGCCGAGCGGUAGAGUUAGGUAUAGCGCUCAGCCCCAGGCAUGGGCAGAGUUAAAAACCAAAAGAUUUGUCUGGUCUAUGACAAAAGUUGGUGACGAGGCGCACCCGUUCCCUUGACGGGGCGGCAACACUGAGAAUCGAAUAACUUGAAG